ACUAGCCUGUUCUACCUAAAUUCACCACCACCACCACCUCAAAUCACCACUCCCACCACCAUCUAACUACCACCGAACCCCUCAUCUGGUGAAAAAGAGGCUGGUUCCUUGGCUAUAUUUAUCUAUCCUGCCUUUGACAUUCGUUCUGCACUCGUGUCUCCUCGCCCUCCUUUCCUCGACUCUCCUCCCUUUUUCUCUUUCUGUACGGCCUCUUUUGGGUUCUCGUCUCCCAAAUUCAACUUUCGACCGUCUUUCCGCUCUUUCCCCUUACACAAAUCCUCUGAGACAAUUUUCGGGUCCUCUUCCCCGUUCCCUUGCACCCUGCGUCUGCUUGUUGCACUUAAAUCGUCACAUUUCCCGGCUCAGCUCCUGCUGGCCCUGAACGGAGCCUCCUCGGAGCUUCCUUGUCUGCUGCACUCAUGCAGUCCACCUCCAGCACCUCUCGCUCUCAGCAGCGAAGUCCCUCCGCCCAACAUUUCCCCUCCGGUUCAGGAAGCAGUGUCGAGUCCACUAUGGCCUCUGCGCCCCGCAGCUCGUCUAGCUCAACACGUUCUCAAUCCUCAUCGAAAACUGUGGUGCCCGAAAGACAGAUCAACCAAAUUGAGAAAAGUGUCACGCAUCUAUUAGUGGCCACGAAACAACUGCUCGAAACCUUGACACAAUGGUCCCGGCGACAGGCAUCGGAAAAUGAGGUCUCCGAUGUCUACGUGCGGUUGGGCUACGAAUUCAACCUGGCUUGUCGCGCAUUCAAUGCUAUCGGAGUCGACACCUCAGAUCUUGGCCCUGUACCAGACCUCCUCCGCACCAUCCUCGAAGAUACCCUUAGUCAAGAUGCAUCUCCACAAGCCCUCGAUCGCUACCUCCCGCGCAUUCGUGAUAUAAUUAUCAAUCUCCUACAUGGCCUCAAAAAGAAGCAAGCUCGGUUACGGUCUCGGCAGCAAAAGGAGGAAAGCAGACCUCUGCCCGGUCGACAGGCAAGUGCUGGGAGUGCUGCAGCUACGCAGGCGGCCAUGAACCAGGCUUAUGAGGAAACUGCGUCUACGGUGACCUCCCCGAAGCGAUCAACCCGUCGCUACGGAAGUAAUGGAUCUGCGGAGGAUGCCGCGGCGCGAACAUCAUCAAGUAUUGGUGCGGAGGCGCGAGGCUCAAGCUUUUCCGAACGCGAGGCCUCCAGAAGAGAGACACAGAGUAUCUUGUCUCAAUCCUCUCACACAGACGGCGCAACACCCUCGAAGGAAAAAGCUCCAUCCACUGCGACCUCGUAUCCCGCGCCACCUCCCCCUCCCAAGCAGGACGAUGCACUGGGUGCUUUGCAGAGGAGCGGUGAAUUGGAGCGCCGUGCGUCUCGACGAUUUUCUGCAUAUCAGAUACAAAAGCACUUGGGCGGCUCUUCAAAUGGAGUUCCCGUACUUCCGUCUCAAAAUUCCCCCAUUCCAAACCGUGGUCGAGAUGUGCGUGAAUCUCUCAACGCUGUGCGCUUGCGGGGAUCUGUUCAUGGACGACAAAGAUCGACAAACCGGUUGACAGACCUAAAAGGCGCCGCGGCGCAGACACCUUCAAAGGUACCCAGUAUCGAAGAGGAGCGCCCAAAUUCCCACGCAGAAACUCGUGCGCAGUCACCCGUGGAAGCCGCUGCAACCACUAAAGACACGGCUGCGGUACGCCCUGAGGACGACGUAGCAGAUUCUUUGGUGACUGGACGACAGCCAGAACUCCCUCAACCUCCAGAUGAACCAGCCCUCGCCGAGGCAUUUGAGCCGACAAAGGAACCGACAGGACCAGCUCUACCUGGAACUCCCAAAUCAGAACGACGCCCGCCGUCUGCCACUACCGCCACCCCGCCGCAAUCGUCUCAAUAUUCUCCAGAACAGCAAACUCCCGGCAAGGAGCUCACACUGUUUCUGCAAUACAGGAGUAAAAUCAAGAAAUUUGUCCUUCCUGAAGGCUAUUCUGGCCUGACCAUUGGGCGCCUUCAGUUGGCUUUCAUCGAGAAGUUUGCCUGGAAUACUCACAACAAUGGAGUCGACCUACCGGAGAUUUAUAUCCAGGAUCCCGUUUCUGGCGUACGCCACGAACUGGAGGACCUGAGUGACGUCAAGGACCGAUCUGUUUUGGUGCUCAAUGUUGACAUUCUGGAUGAAGUCAAGAAGCAUUUUGAUGAUGAGUUUGGUGGAGUACGUCGUCUGAUUGAAGGCGUCAAGGGCGCUCUUGAAGGUCAAGAGAGCAUGAUGCAGCGUGUUUCCGAGCGCCAGCUGGAGGCGGCGAAAGAAAUGGCUCGCUUAGCCGCCGCACCUCCCGCGCCUAGCCUAGCCACCUCGAAUCUCGGGGAGAGCAAUAAGGGCCCUAUCACAGGAAGCGACAGCCAAGUUGCAGAACUUCAGAGCUUAAGACGCGACCUCGCCGUUUUACGCCAAACGUAUUCCAACUUCUCGUCAGACAUUGCCAGCUCCAUGAACGCGAUUCGUACCAAAGCAGGCAGCCUGAAGACUGCCGCUGCCGAUGUUUCCGUACCUUCCUAUGAAGGAGAUGCUGGUCGCGUGCGCGUGAAUGCUGGCAAGAAGGAGCUUGCUGAAGAGUCAGAACGUCUCGUGGCCCGGGUAGACGAUCUUCAGGAUCUCGUUGAGGAUCUUCGCAAGGAUGUGGUGAGCCGUGGUGUUCGUCCCCUCCCAAGGCAACUCGAGACUGUCAGCAAGGACAUCAGUGCCGUCACCAAGGAGAUCAAGAAGAUGCAAGAAUUCCUCAAGCGGGAGAAGCCUGUGUGGACGAAAAUCUGGGAGAAGGAACUUCAGCUGGUUUGCGAGGAACGGGAUCAGCUUACUAUGCAAGAAGAUCUCGCAGCUGAUCUUCAAGACGAUUUGGAAAAGGCUGCUCAGACUUUCGCACUUGUUGAGCAGGCGACUAAGCAGCAAUCGAUGCAGAAUGCUACCGGUGGCCCCACGCUGCGUCAUACUUCGCGCAAUGUGGUGAUUGAUCCGGCAGUCGACCCAGUGAAAGCCAAAGACAGCGUUCUUGGAGAGGUGCGUGCUCUGCAACCUAACCAUGAGUCUCGGUUAGAAGCAAUUGAGAGAGCAGAGAAGGCUCGCCAGAAAGAGCUUGAGACUCGUCGAGUUGGCAAGUUCCAAAAAGAACUCGGUGCAUUUGUUGAGGAGGGCAAGCUGAAGAAGAGUGGAGGUGUAGAAGAGGCUGAAAGACUCCGUCGCACUAAAGAUGAACGUAUUCGCAAGGAAGUCUGGGAGAGACAACAGGCGCGCGCAGCCGAGUUGGCAAAAGCUGAAGCUGAAGAAGCGGCAGCGCAAGCGGAAGCAAGUGAGCAGCAGCCUGAGGAAGAUGCUGAAACGAAGUCCGACACAGAAAGUCAGGAACAAGCUGCUGCGGAGGAGGUAGCAGCCACGGAGGGGACCUUUCUUCAAGAAAAGAAUUCCGCUUCUGAAGACGACGACGACGAGGCGGACGAGGAGCAGAAAGAACCGAGCUCGGAGGUUGAGAAGAACAACGAGAGUGACAAGCAGGAGGAAGCUAUCAAAGAUGCUCAUCGUCCCGAUUCUGGCCCCUAGGAACUAGCGCUGGUUGGCCAGCCUGCGGCCAACAUAAUCAGCUGCAUUUUCGUUCUUUUCAUCAUAUACAUCCUACACUUUGCUUGACUAACUUGGAUUGCACUCUUUUUGACGUCUCCUUUGUGUUGUUUGACCCAUACCUGCACCCUCACUAUCAUACCUUUCCCUUUGCCUAUUUUGAUUGACUCGUCUCGCUUGGCUCCGCCCACUGAUUGCUGCAUAUUCGAGAAACCUUGCGUGUUCGUGUAUUGAUACCCUGCCAGCUUGUGGCGCGUUAUGAACAUUGAUGAUACAGGGGAGGAUUGGUCUUUCUUGGUUUACAUUGCUCCGCCAGCCUCUGAACGAUGGAUCAAGUGUUAGAGUAGCCAUUGCAUUUUGUACAUUCUU